AUGGCGGCGCGAGGCGCGGGACUGUGGCUGCUGCUGCUGGCGGUGGUGCUGUGCGCGGCGGCGGAGCCGCGGUGCCCGUCGUGCGCCGCUGGCGCAGAGCGGAGGCUGCUGGAGGAGGCGGCCAAGAGGCAGCUGCUGGAGAAGCUUCGGCUUCGCGAGCGGCCGCGGCUCGCCCACGCCGUGCCCCGCGCCGCCGUGGCUCGCGCCCUGCGGCGGCUGCAGGCGGCCGGCGCCCGCCGCGGCCCCGACGAUGAUGAGCGGGGCUACGAGAUCAUCAGCUUUGCGGAGCCAGAGCCUGUGUCUCCCUCCGGUAUGAGGCUGCAGUUCCAGUUCAGUCGUACACAGGACCAGGACAUUCACGUUCUGCAGGCCCAGCUCUGGCUCUACCUUCGAGUUCCCCGAGACAGGGCAGCCAAUCUCACCCUGAGCAUCUUUCUUGCUGAUGGGGAAGGUGACUCAGCCAGGGGUAAUCGCACGCUGCUGAGCGAGAGGCGACUGAACGCCAAGGGCAGUGGCUGGCAUUCCUUCUCCCUCAUGCCUGCCCUGCAGAGCUUCUUUGGGGGAGAGCACAGGACCCUGUGGUUGGAGCUGGAAAGCCUUGGGGACAGGGGCAAUAAUGUGGCUGUGGUCAAUGCCAGCCGGUCCCACCAGCCUUUUCUCGUGGCUGAGGCAAAGGUGAAGGAGCCUGGACACCGUGUGGCCAAGCGCAGCCUCCGCUGCAGCCAAAACUCCAACCUCUGCUGCCGUAAGGACUACUAUGUGGAUUUCCGUGACAUUGGCUGGAAUGACUGGAUCAUUAAGCCUGAGGGCUAUCAGAUAAACUACUGUGUGGGCCAGUGCCCUCUGCAUGUGGCAGGCAGCCCUGGGAUGGCCUCUUCCUUCCAUACAGCUGUCUUCAACCUUGUCAAAGCUAACAACAUCCAAGCGUCCGGGCACUCUUGCUGUGUGCCCACACGACGCCAGCCACUCUCUGUCCUCUACUUUGACCGUAACAGCAACAUUGUCAAGACUGACAUUCCUGACAUGAUUGUUGAUGCCUGUGGCUGUAGCUAG